ACAACACUGGGGUGUUCAGCUCCGGGCCCUCAGCAGCACGAGAGGUUGUGGUGCGGCAGGAUGAGUGCAGGUUCCGACCCCGUGGUGAUCGUCUCGGCGGCGCGGACCGUUAUAGGCUCCUUCAAUGGUGCCUUGUCCACCGUCCCUGUCCACGACCUGGGCUCAACGGUCAUCAAAGAAGUCCUGAAGAGGGCCGCUGUGGCUCCCGAAGAGGUGUCAGAGGUCAUAUUUGGACACGUUUUGACAGCAGGUUGUGGGCAGAAUCCCGUUCGACAAGCCAGUAUGGGUGCAGGAAUCCCUUACUCUGUUCCAGCAUGGAGCUGCCAGAUGGUCUGUGGGUCAGGCCUCAAAGCCGUAUGCCUUGCAACCCAGUCAAUAGGGACAGGAGACUCUAAUAUUGUGGUUGCAGGAGGCAUGGAAAGCAUGAGCAAGGCUCCUCACUUGGUUCAUUUGAGGGCAGGAGUCAAGAUUGGGGAAAUGCCACUGACGGACAGCAUACUCUGUGACGGGCUUACCGAUGCAUUCCACAACUACCAUAUGGGCAUUACGGCUGAAAAUGUAGCCAAAAAAUGGCAAGUGAGUAGAGAAGAUCAGGACAAGUUUGCAGUUUUGUCCCAGAACAGGACAGAGAGUGCACAGAAAGCUGGCUAUUUUGACAAAGAGAUUAUACCAGUGUUUGUGUCUUCUAGAAAAGGUCUUACUGAAGUGAAAACAGACGAGUUUCCUCGCCAUGGGACCAACAUAGAAGCCAUAUCUAACUUGAAGCCUUACUUUCUCAAAGAUGGAACAGGAACAGUCACCCCAGCUAAUGCUUCAGGAAUAAAUGAUGGUGCUGCCGCUGUGGUUCUUAUGAAGAAGUCAGAGGCCGACAGUCGAGGGCUUACACCUUUAGCACAGAUAGUUUCCUGGUCACAAGUAGGUGUGGAGCCUUCCAUUAUGGGGACAGGACCAAUUCCGGCGAUAAAGCAAGCUGUUGCAAAAGCAGGUUGGUCACUGGAGGAUGUGGACAUAUUUGAAAUCAAUGAAGCCUUUGCAGCCCUGUCUGUUGCAGUAGUUAAAGAACUUGGAUUAAACCCAGAGAAGGUCAACAUUCAAGGAGGGGCGAUAGCCUUGGGCCACCCUCUUGGAGCAUCUGGCUGUCGGAUUCUUGUUACCCUGUUACACACAAUGGAGCGAAAGGGUGGACAUCGUGGUGUGGCUGCCACAUGCAUUGGGGGUGGGAUGGGAAUAGCAAUGUGUGUUCAGAGAGGAUGAAACUGCUUAAUGAAUCAUGCCGAAACUAAACUGAAACCUCAUCUCUUCUUAAGCUAACAAGGUACUAAAUUGUAAUAUGUGAAAUCAGAGGACCAAAGUGAGAAUGGAAACCUCUUUCGUAAGAACCCAAGGCUUGACAGCUUGUUAUUUUUAUUAAUGUGUAAUACUCAAGAUACAAGAUAACUGCAUCUAACAUUGUUAUAAAUAAAAGAGAAAUGAGAUCAGUCA